AACGUCCCCGCCCGGCUGGUUUUGGGGUGUCAGCAGCUGUCCGGCGCUGGGCAUGGAGCGUGUGCGGGGAGCUGGGGCCGUGCUGGCGGUGCUGGUGGUGCUGGGAGCCCCCCCGGCUGCGGGCGAGGAGCUGUCGGGGGUGUUCCAGGAGAUUACAAAGUGUGAGUGUCACUUCAUCAAUGGCACCGACCGGGUGAGGCUCGUGGUGAGGAAUAUCUACAACCAGGAGCAGUACGCCCACUUCGACAGCGAUGUGGGGGUCUAUGUGGGAGACACCCCGUAUGGGGAGAUCCAGGCCAGGUACUGGAACAGCCUCCCAGAAUCGAUGGAGCGCAGACGGGCUGCGGUGGACACGCACUGCCGGUACUACUACAAGGCGUACACCCCGUUCAGCGUGCAGAGGAGAG